UCGUUCACCGUUCGUAGUAGUGAGUUUUCACGUACCGAAGAAAGACGCACGAUCGGUGUGCCGGUCGCAACAAGACACGCGUGUACGUCAGGCUAGGUGCGAUCGCGUGUUUUGUGCGUGCGUGUGUGUGCUUGUUAAAAUUAAAUUUUCAUCCACGCCAACCAAGAAAUUCCAGUCCCUCGUACAGGUCACAACAUACACACGCGUUCCGAAAUCGCGCUUUAAGACAAACGCGUCCAACCAGUCCAGGGUGGCAAGUGAAUGGGAACAAAUAGCUGUUGAUUCGACGAUCGACUGUUGACAGAGUAUCCUAAUUGGAAAACCUGAUUCCAACCGCCCACACAGCCCAAAACAACACAACACGGAAACAGCGAGCCAAACGGAAACACACUGUGCACAAUUUCCGGUUAAAUAUAAAGCUCUCGCGCGCGUACGAUCGAUCGGUACGAAAUUUGCUGUGUCAAUGGCAUCGAGGCAGAAUGUGGCAUAAAAUUAAGGUACACAUCCGGUGACAGCAUUACGCACUCACGCCAACGCACAGCUUCCCACCCACCGCCACACCACAAUGGUUAUUUUCCGGUCAGUUUAUUUGUGUGCGAAACAAUUGUAGGCUGUAGGCCCGUGCCUGCCUAUAGCCCUGUUGGAGGUGGUGACACAAAUCCGGCGAAACAGUGUACGGUGUGUUUUUGUGCCUUUUUUUCUGCUGUCUUCACCCGGACACUCCCCCCCCCCCCAACAACCACUGGGGAUGAGUGUAAAACAAUUAAAUUUUCAUGCUGGUGAGAUGGCGGUGGCUGCUGUGAUGUGAAAAUCGGCUCCGGAUUCGGCGUGUGGUUUGAUGGCAGCAGUGGAAAACAACGGUGUGAAAAUGGUUGCACACUUUGGCAGAAAUUAAAACGAGAAAAUCCAAACCGAAACUGAGUGUGUGUGUGUGUAUGUGUGUGGUGCGAAAAGGCGCGGCGAAUAAAAUCACCAAACACCAAACAAAGUCAGCAAAAGCCAGGGGCGCCCCUGCAGUGUUGGGGAAAACAGUUGCUCUAGCGCGAGGAAAAUCAACAUUCGUAGCGCAUAUAAACACGCAACAGCAGCAGCAGGAAAAUGAAAACGAAUUUCCUCUCGCUACGCCUCGAUUCACCGUGACGCUCGUGGCAGUGGUUGGCAAGUGGUGGGGUGCGAACUUUUCCGGAAAAGAUUCCGACGCUCAUGUAUUGUCACCGUUAAAGGGCAUGUGUGUGUGCUUGUGCGUGCCUUUGUUUACCGGGUAGAGGUUAAUGCAUUUAAUGCUUCAUUAAACAACAACUGAUUGCUCUGUGCGUUCUGUUGCAAAGCCACAAACCUGUUUAUUGGAACGAAUAGAGGGCGCCCAUCGUCCAAACCGUGUUCCUGGCCGCCGGAAAUCAAACCAACCAAACCACCGAAAGGGUGUACCACCUGACAAUUACCUCAAACAGCGUGCCAAUUGUUCCACGUUUGAGUGUGUGUUUGUGGGAGGAUUAGUUCAUCAUGACCACCAGAGGUAUUAGACGGAAAAAAUCGUACUUGGCGGAGAUCAAGGUGGCCGUCAUCGGUGCACCAUGCGUUGGGAAGAGUGCCUUAACUGUGCGAUUCCUCACCAAACGCUACAUUGGAGAAUACGACCAUCAGGCAGAGAAUCGACACAAAUACGAAAUCAUGGUGGACGGUGAGGCGGUGCUGUGUGAAAUUUGGGAUACAUGUCCAAAGAUUGAAGAAAAUGCUGAAGCAAUCUCCCUAACAGCCGGGUCCGAGACAGUUCAGUGGGCGGAUGGGUUGCUGCUCGUUUACUCCAUUACCGAUCGCGACUCGUUUAACUUUAUACGAAAGGCGAAGGAAGAGCUGGCCGGUGAUAUGCCCGUCGCACUGGUUGGCAACAAAGUUGACAUGGUGCACCUUCGGCAGGUCAGCACGGACGAGGGUGAAAUUUUGGCGAAAGACUUUGAGUGCAAGUUCUUCGAAAUUUCGGCCGCCGAACAUGUGUACCAGGUGGCGGAAGCAUUCCUUGAGCUGUGCCGUGAGGUGCUCACGGGAAAGCGAAAAUCGAAGCAGAGCUUCAUCGACAAAAUAGAUCGCAUGCUGAGCGGUUCUCGGACGUAUAAUCGAGGGAAGAGCGAUAGCAUUUCGCCCAAGGAGUGACGUACAAUCGGGUUGUGAUAGGAGAGGAUGAGGAAACAUAACGAACACUUGAAUGUUUGAUGGGUGUUGUUAUGACUCGGCUAACAAAAAGGUUGCUUUCAGGCAGAUUGAAAAAGAAGCUCUAUAACAAAAUGCGUCAAGUAUUUAAGCAUUCUUGUACAAUGUUUUAAUACAACAUCAAACUGGUCGAAAGUAAUAAACUUAACAUAAGGUGAAAUAAAAACCACUCUCAAUUCAUUUAAGUAUUAUUUUCCUUUUCUAAUAUCCACCCUACAACACUAUUGAACACAGUAGGCGUUGACUUGUGGAGAGAAACGCGUUCCGAAAAAAAUCUAAACUCGAUGGAGACGCCUGGUAGCUUGUGACGAGUUCGAUUGAGCCGCCAGGUGCUUUACGGCAACCGACAGCUCCGACUCCGGUAGAAAAAGUCUUUCCGGUCGAAUUGCUUCGAAAAGAUUUGGCAAGACAGCAAGCGCCGUAGCCAACACACCCGAAACGAAUAAAAUAAAGAGCUAUCAAAAGGAAACCACGAUUUAUCAAUCGAAUGGACACAUACUCGACCUGCCGAAGUGGAAACGCGUCACGCAUUGACCUGAAAAUAUAUUUUCAAUAUGCUUCCCCCGUGCCCCGCAAAAAUCGCCAGCGAGCGCGUGCUUUAAAGUGAUAUUCACGUAGCCUAUUACGGAGUUUGCACACAGACAAUAAAAUGCAAUUGAAGCGUUAAAAAACCGGCUCCCACUCACCCCACCUUACGGCAACGAGAGUGUGCGGUUAUUGGUGGUGGUUUGGUGGAAAUAAAAAUAAUCACAAUAAACACAGACACACACACCGUUUGCAGUACGCUCAUCAAUACGAUGAAGUGUGCCCGGGACCGGUUUGACGGCCGAAGCAAUUUUGGCGCUUGCCAAAUGGGAUUCUAGGAUUGAAAUUUUCCACUUCUAAUGGAGUGAAAAUAUUGAAUAAUUUAUGGACUGCGACUCACAACAAAAUAAAUUGCGUGUCGUAUCAGAUUGAAAUGGCCGGGGCUGCAGCAAAAACCCCACAACCACGACACGGUCCCCGUUUUGGCAAAAGACAGUCGGAAAGGCAAAACACAGCCUUGGAAAUUGAUAGCUUUGCUGAUCGUGUGCUACGGUGGCUUUUUGCGGCAGUGUGGGUAUGGUUUUAACGUUAUAUUAUGCAUAACCAGAAUGUGAAAAUUAUACCACAGCAAUAAUAAAAUAAACUCGAUCCUCCGAAUCCGGUACAAGUAUCAGGUAGGUUUCAACGGGGAUGUGUGUGCUAGUGGCUAUGUGUCUGUCAUGUUGAAAUUGGUUGCAUCUUAAAUAUUUUAUUUCACCUUUUUAUGCUAUGCUAUUCCGCAUAAGUUGUACCAGAUUUUCAGUUUACCUCAGUUUGAGCAUACGGCAAAUAAUUUUUAUUCACUGCAAAAUACGCCCCGAAAAUCAGAACUAUAGUUACACAAAAAAUUGAUGCAAAAAAUAUUUAAAAAAUCGUUAAAUAUAACGUUCACUAGGUAUUUUUAAAUUAAACUUUAAAUAAAAUUAAAUAAAUUUAAAAAAAAUGUAAAAACGUUAUAUAAGUAACGGCGCGUUAUAUUAGUGAAAUUCAUUUGCCGCAAAUAAAAUUGCUUGUACAGAACUGAAGCAUAGUUCUAAUUUGAUUUUUGUUUCAAUAAAAUAAAACUUUUAUCCCUUAA